GCUGCCCGCGAUGCCUCGGGGGGGGAGGACCAGGAUGGAAAAGCGUGGAUGCUGUCAGGGCUCAUGUGGAUCUUCACCUCGCUGGGGAGCUCCCGGGGAGGAAUAUGGCAAAUGUAUCGCUGCGGUGUUGCGGACCAACCGGUGGGAGCCCCGCUCUUGUUCCCGGAAAUACGCCCGAAAUACCUGCUCCGCUCCUCCUCAAGGCUCUUCAGUCCUUCCAGGUUGGUAAAGGCCCAGGCAAAAGAGACGCUCAUGGGCGAGCCGUCCCGCUCGACCAGGAAACGAAUGUAUGAAGAAGCCUACGGUAAUGCUGGGGGAAGCCAUGCUUGUUUCGACCCUGAGUUCGCGGACGAUGGUUUUUGUGGGGGGCCUGUCGCUUCAGUAUGGGCGAUUUUCGAGCAGGAAAUUGCGCUCGCCGAGAAGUACGGACUUCACUUUGACAUGGGCAAAACUACUCUUUAUCUCCUCUCAGGGGAAGCUUUCCAUGCUGACCUUCGACCCUUUCAGGCUCUCGGAAUUCGAAUCGUGAAGGGAAUCGACAUUCAGAUGCUUCAGGUUCCCAUCAGCGGUCGGGAAGACUUUUACGCAGAAUGGAACCGCCUCAAAAUCGCUGCGAUCGACGAGGCUGUGACGGCUAUAGAACAGUUGCCCCACAAACACGUGGCCUUGCACUUAUUGCAGAAAUGCAUGAGUUUCCCGAAGUUGUCUUAUUGUAGUCGUACGAUCAGUCGUUCCCAUCUUCAACCAUUGCUCGAGGCCCAUAGUGAACGCAUACGUGUUGCUCUUCAAUACCUUCUAGGCAGACAAUUGACCGACAGACAAUGGAUCCAAGCGACGCUUCCGACGAAGGCCGGGGGACUAGGUCUGACGAUCGACCGGAUAGCUGUUCAGGGCGGUUUCAUUUCUCGAGCCGACAUUGCCAUGGUUUGUUCAUGCCGGUCCACCAGAGAACAGGUUCGAGGAAUGUUGGGCAUUGCUGGAGAUAUGGGAAUCGAUCCCAUCGAGGAGUCAGCUACUCGAUCCUUGAGACAACUUCUCCCGACUUCCAUCUUAGGAGAUGGCCCCAAUGUUCUCAAGCAGCGAGAUCUCAAUCAAGCUGCUAUUGAGAAGUCAGGCGCUUACCUCCUCCAAGCCCUUCCUGCAGGAGAAGUAGCUAGAUUCCAGGCUUGUAGGGCACCUUGGGCCGACGGUUGGUUGAACGUCGUCCCGAGUUCUUGUUUCGACACCCUUCUGUCCAAUGUUGCAGUCGUUGAUUCUAUUUCUUUGCGACUUGGUCUCGAGGUUCUCGAAAAAGCGAACAUGUGUCCCUUUUGCCCCCAAGCCCUCGAUCUUCUCGGUCACCAUUGUACGACUUGCAUGGCAGGAGGUAUGAGAACUCGAAUGCACUAUACUCUUCGAGAUACGAUCUUCCGCGCGGCCCACCAGGCCGGAAUGCGACCCAAACUCGAACCCGGAAGUUUGCUUCCUCACGAUCUCGAACGUCGACCGGCGGACAUUCUCCUCAUGAGUACCCCUCUUCUUCGUCAAAACCAAUGGCGUCGGUAUUCACAGCUCGCUCUUGACUUUGCCUUGGUCUCCCCCUUCUCGCUCUCUUCAAUCGGGAGGGGCGUCGCGGAAAUAGGGGCAGCCGCGCGUUUUUACGCAGAGAAGAAACGUCAAGAUCGGGGCACCCAGGAAGCGUGCCAAGCACAACAGAUAGGCUUUGAACCCAUCGUUUUCGAAACUAUGGGAGGAUGCGAGUUCGGAGCCCAUCAACUUUUGAAAAGCCUCUGUCAAGAAUGCGACAAAGUCUUGAGUAGAUCUGAUGGGUCAACGAAAUCUUUCUUGAAAGGACGGAUCUCGAUCGAUAUCCAACGUGGCUUAUCCCAUAUUCUUGAACGUUGCCGGACCGCCCAACUCGCAGAGGGCGACACGGAGGGGCACAUUAGGAGAUUCAUUCACGAGUGUAGUGGGUAA